UGCGUAUCGCAAUUCCUGGUAACGCCAUGCGGUUCCAGCGCCGGUGAUUGGUCGGUGGCGGUCACGUGGCCGCUUGCUGUCACCAGGAUGAUAGCACACCGUGACGGCGACAUACAGCGCAUCAGUUGCUGCUUAGUUGAGUGCCCAGACUAGCCAUAGAGACAAGCCAUACAGCGUACUACAAAUCACACUCGUGCGUUGUCCUCGUUCAACGUCAUGACGUCGACAUAUAGCUGACGACGAUUUCAGACGACAGGCUCAGUGUUAUUUCAACCCCCGGUUUAGCUGGAACGCCGACCGCAGUCAGCAAGCACGUCACUGAAAUCAGUCACAUCAAACAGUGAUUUUGAAGCUUUAAAAGGGGACCGCUUGUGGCACAGAGUCAAAAAUAAUCAAGGCUUCAUGUUUUCGCAGGAAGGAUGUUAUAUCUUUACCCACCGGUCCGUCGCCUAGGGUGACAACCUAACCGGCUUUUUUUGUAUCAGGGGCGAGAUCUAGUGGGAGGACUUAAACGCCCCAGACACGAGGAGGGGAAGCGACAGAAGAUGUAAGGGGAGGAGUUGGCAGAUGCGCAUUUCCAGAAUCGACAAGGCCUCGGAAAUCCGAAUAUACUGACCCCACUUCAACCUUUUAUCGCCUGAUGCUGGGGCUUGGCGCCAUUCUACUUGGAGAAACACCGGCAGGAACACGAUCGGCUUAUGCGGAGGGAGGAUACGAGGAUCUUGCCCGUGUCUCCAAUUCGACUGUUGGUACUGGUGUGCGGAAAUUGAACAGUAACCGGAUUUUACUGCGGGAAAUCUUCAAGAUUGAUUUGAUUGCCGGCGGCAUUCCCGCCAAUCCUUCGGUUUAACCAUAGAGCUAGGACCCACUGCUGCGAGUUCGGGAGUUCUCGCUCAGGUCAGUUCUCGUGUCAUACCAGCUCUUGAAGAGGCCACUCGUUGUUACCGGCUAGCGCAUUUGUUCUGCCGACGAGUUGCGAUGCAAGAAAGGGGCAUCUUCUUUGACUUGCUUGUGAGAGACUGAGCCUGACACUGUUUCUAUCCAAGGUAAAUUAACCGUUGACCUUUGUACUCGUGCCUCGAAAUUUUAUCCGGGAUUUUGUCCCGUGUGCCUUUUCAUUAAUACUGCCAUCUCUUGUCUUUAACACUGACACAAAACAAUCGUGCAUAAGGCUCGCAGUGCGAUUUGUUUUUUAGCUCCUCGAACGUGUGGAUACAAACAGGCAAGAAUGUCAAUGACAAGUGAUGAGAUGCCGUUGUUCGUGGGAAUAGUUAAUAUGUCCACUGGAGAUGGCAAGAAUGAGGGGAACAGCUCCCUGGGUGCUGGGCCCGGGGAUGAUGAAGACAUCGGGGACCCGGUCAGCACUGUCAAGGUCAUCAUCACGGUCCUCUUCACCUUGGUGUUCCUGGUCGGUGUCUUAGGCAACAUCCUGGUGAUUGUCGCUGCCACGGGCCGUCUGAGGGGACUCCAGAAAUCCAUGAGUGUCUUCAUUCUGAACCUCAGCGUGGCCGACUUGUUGUAUCUCCUCAUCUGCUUGCCCUUCCAAGCCACCAUCAUCACCCUCCCGUCCUGGAUCUUCGGCGGCUUCAUGUGUAAGAUAGUACAGUUCCUGACUUACGUCUCCAUGUGCGCCAGCAUCUUCACCCUCGUGGCCAUGUCCAUGGACCGCUACUUCGCCGUGGCCUACCCGCUCAAAUUCUUCGGCGUGCGCACCUUGAAAAACUCCAUCUCCAUCAUCGUUUUGAUCUGGGUCCUAGCUGUCGGUUGCUCGGCGCCCUUCCUCCACGUGUUCCUGAUCCACACGAUCGAGGACGGAGACGGCGUGGUCUUGUCUUACUGCGUGGAGUGGGGAUGGAAUAACCGCACCCAGAGGAAGCGGUACUACGCCUUUCUGUUCGCAGCCUGUUACAUGGUGCCUCUGCUGCUGAUGAUCCUGUCCUACGUGCUCAUCCUGCGGACACUGUGGCGCACUUUCAAGCCCAACAGUGAGGACACCGACUCCUCGUCCAACAAAGCCAAGAAGAAAGUCACCAUGAUCGUCAGCGUGGUGGUUCUGGCCUUCGGUAUUUGCUGGCUGCCCCACCACGUCAUGUACAUGUGGAUCAACUUUGGCAAGUUCCCCCUGACGGACGGGACGCUGGCCCUGAAGAUGAUGGCGGUGACGCUGUCUAGCCUCAACUCGAGCCUCAAUCCCAUCAUCUACUCCAUCAUGUCCGAGAAUUUCCGGCAGGCGUUGAAGAGGUGUAUCGCGCGGUGUACAAGUUCACGGGAGAGGACGAAAGUGGUGCCCCGCCACUAUCGAUUGAAGCUGCUGCGAUCCAAAAGAUCGUUUCAUGUUUGAAAAUCCAAUUGAAGGUAAAAACGAUACGAUCUUAGGUAUAAUACUACACUGAAAUUGCUACAUUGUAUUUGACAUCGAAAAAUUCCUUGACAAUCAAAAUGUGUAAUCAAUUAAAUUGACACUAAUGUUUUUGAAAAUCUGAUCGAAACUGAAAUUAACGUUUGAGUUUCAAACAAUCUACCGUCUUUUUAUGUAAUGUAAAACUUAUCUUAUUGAAACAUAUUCGAAAGAUUAGUUACCGUUUAGUUACAGACAAGCUAAUACCAGUCGAAAAAAAUAAUGUUGAUAUCUGUAUCAUAUUGGUAUUCACAUUAUAUUAGACCUUUCAUUGCUGCAUAAUUCAAACAGCCCUGAAAUUUACACUUUUCGCUAUUUUGUUCACGAGAGGGAAAGUCCGUCAAGUUAAAUUUCGAGAGCUUACCAGUAGACCAUAUAAUUUGUUUUGCGAAUUUGUUAAAUGUUAAAGGGGAAAAAUACAAUUUCCCCCUUAACAAACCAUUAUUGUUUAAAAAAUAUAGUAAUGAAAAGUUCUGUUAAAGUAAACAUCUUUCCCUGUUUAAAGAUAAUUGUCUAAUAAUCAAUUUUUUGAAUAAUUUUUCCUCUUUGGUUUUUUGCUUUUAUUCAUAUUAACUUUAGAUUAUCAUUUUAUUUCAUUUCAGAUCAUUACUUAACUUUUUACCUUGCAACUAAACUUGAACUAUUUAUGGGUAUUCGUUGGUAGAUUUAUCGAGUUUUUACGCUUUCCGUUUGAAAAAAAACAAACCUGAAAAAAGCAGCAUUUCUGUCUGAAGAGUGCAGCGAUUUCUUUUCACCUAAUACAGUGACAAAUGUCAUAUUUUUCUUAACAUGUCAAAAAGUCAUUGUUUACAUUUCGUUUUGGCUAAAAGUACCCAAAUGUUCCAAUUCUGUUUUUAAAAAGCUCUCAAACAUACUUGUGUGCGUAUUGUGUGGGCAAUAUCUUAGUCGUUCGAUGUGAGUAAAUUUGUCAUGACUUUGUUUUAAUUGAAUCGCAGAA